AUGAUGCCGACUGUUCGACAGCUUGAACAAUCCAGCCUCCUCCAAUUAUUGUUUCCGGUGCUGCACUCACCCGGAUUCCAGCUGGCAAUCCGUCUUUAAAAGCUACACUGAAAAACUGUCCAGCCCUUAGAUUUUUCUUAAGGUCCCCUUUCUUGUAAAAACACAUGCCCACCGCACGGAUUUGCUGGCCCAGAGGCGCUUGUUCCUUUUUAUUUACUUCUAGGCUCAACAUCGCUACCAGCUCUAACAUAUGCAAGUGAUCGUGUGACUGAUGUGAUCAGUGUUAUGUCCCGUCAGUCCCUUGUUCAGCGUGUAAUGUCUGCAGUUUGUCUGUCAUAG